AGGCCCCGGCCCUGGAAAGACCAUAAACAUUUGGCCAGCUUGGUUUGGCCACCUGGCAAAGACCAGAACUGAGAAGCAAUGGUGAUGAGGGCCUUCGUCCUGCUGGCCAUCUUUGCGGAAGCCUCUGCGAAGUCCUGUACUCCGAACAAAGCAGAUGUCAUUCUCGUGUUUUGUUAUCCCAAAACCAUCAUCACCAAAAUCCCCGAGUGUCCUUACGGAUGGGAAGUGCAUCAGCUGGCUCUCGGAGGGUUGUGCUACAAUGGGGUACACGAAGGAGGUUACUACCAAUUUGUGAUUCCCGACUUAUCUCCCAAAAACAAGUCCUACUGUGGGACCCAGUCAGAGUAUAAGCCACCCAUCUACCACUUCUACAGCCACAUUGUUUCCAAUGACAGCACCGUGAUCGUAAAAAACCAGCCUGUCAACUACUCCUUCUCCUGCACCUACCACUCCACCUACCUGGUGAACCAGGCCGCCUUCGACCAGAGAGUGGCCACAGUUCAUGUGAAGAACGGGAGCAUGGGCACAUUUGAAAGCCAAUUGUCUCUCAACUUCUACACUAAUGCCAAGUUCUCCACCAAGAAAGAAGCCCCCUUUGUCCUGGAAACAUCUGAAAUUGGCUCAGAUCUGUUUGCAGGAGUAGAAGCCAAAGGGUUAAGUGUCAGGUUUAAAGUGGUCCUGAACAGCUGUUGGGCCACACCCUCUGCUGACUUCAUGUAUCCCCUGCAGUGGCAGCUGAUCAACAAGGGCUGCCCCACAGAUGACACUGUCCUUGUGCAUGAGAACGGGAAGGAUCACAGGGCAACCUUCCAAUUCAACGCUUUCCGGUUCCAGAACAUCCCCAAACUCUCCAAGGUCUGGUUACACUGUGAGACGUUCAUCUGUGACAGCGAGAAGCUCUCCUGCCCUGUGACCUGUGAUAAAAGGAAACGCCUCCUGCGGGACCAGACUGGGGGCGUCCUGGUCGUGGAGCUGUCGCUGCGGAGCAGGGGAUUUUCGAGCCUCUAUAGCUUCUCAGGUGUGCUGCACCACCUCAUCGUGAUGCUGGGGACCUGCGCCGUGCUCGAGGAGUUAGCCGGGCAGCUGCAGCUGCGGCACCCAAAGUCGUCCUCAGCCAGCGAAUGA